GCCCCGCCCCCUCGGCCGGCGCGUGCUGCCCGCAGCCUCCCGAGCCCGCGGCAGCGGCAGCGCCCGGAGGGAGCGCGGGCCGGGACGGACACGGACACCGGGAGGGAGACGGGAGGACAGGAGGAGAAGGCGAAGGCGUCCCCCUGCCGAGGGAGAAGCCCCGCGCCAUGAGCCCCGACGAGAAGCCGCAGCCCGGUCGCUCCCGCGGUGACCGGCCGCCGCCACCUCAGCCCGCGGGCGGGCGAUCCCGACAGCGGGGCGGGCUCCUGGCGGAGAUCCGUACGCCCAUCCGCACGGAGCCCUUCCAGGAGCGGUACAGCCUCAGCCCCGGCCGGGAGCUCGGCAGAGGAAAAUUUGCAGUGGUGAAAAAGUGUAUCCAGAAAGACACUGAAAGAGAGUUUGCAGCAAAAUUCAUGAGAAAAAGAAGAAAGGGCCAAGACUGUCGGAUGGAAAUAAUCCACGAAAUUGCAGUCCUUGAGCUGGCACAAUGCAACCUUUGGGUCAUUAACUUGCAUGAAGUUUAUGAAACUGCGACAGAGAUGAUUUUAGUCCUGGAAUAUGCUGCUGGAGGUGAAAUCUUUGACCAGUGUGUGGCUGAAAGAGAGGAGGCCUUCAAAGAAAAAGAUGUUAAGCGACUUAUGAAGCAGAUAUUAGAAGGAGUUUCAUUCUUGCACAGAAACAAUGUUGUUCAUCUUGACUUAAAGCCCCAGAAUAUUUUGCUAACCAGUAAGUCUCCUCUGGGAGACAUUAAGAUAGUAGACUUUGGUCUUUCCAGAAUAAUGAAGAGCAGUGAGGAACUAAGAGAAAUCAUGGGAACUCCAGAAUAUGUAGCUCCUGAAAUUCUGAGUUAUGACCCAAUCAGUACAGCAACUGAUAUGUGGAGCAUUGGAGUACUGGCAUAUGUUAUGCUAACAGGGAUAUCACCUUUCUUGGGGGAUGAUAAACAAGAAACAUUCUUGAAUAUAUCUCAAAUGAACGUAAGUUACUCUGGAGAGGACUUUGACCUUGUAUCAGAGUCUGCUGUGGAUUUCAUCAAAACUCUGCUGGUUAAGAAACCUGAGGACCGGGCAACUGCUGAAGAAUGUCUUAAACAUCCAUGGUUGGAACAAAGUGAUAAUCCUGCUUGCAGGGCAUGGAAUAAGAGUACAGAAGGGGAGACCAGUGAUGCCAUCCAGAAAGAUGCAGAUUCUGCCUCUGAACAAUCAGUAGACGCUGAGAAGACUGGAGAGGAAGAAUCAAUAGUGACAGAAGAACUAAUUGUAGUGGCUUCAUACACACUGGGACAAUGUAGGCAGUCAGAAAAAGAAAAAGUAACUGAGCAGAAAGCCAUUUCCAAACGAUUUAAAUUUGAGGAACCAUUACUGCAGGAAAUACCAGGAGAAUUUAUUUACUGAACUGUGUGGAGCUUCAUAGCUGUAACUGGAAGGCAGUUUUUUCUACUAAACAAAGUAUUCUAGCCAGGUGAAUUUCUGAUAUGCAAUAAAUGUUCUAGAUAAAAGAAAGUGUUUAUAAAUGGCAUAUAAAACAAAUGUGCCAAGUUCUUAUUUUCGUGGAACAGAUGAGAUUUCAAGUGGCUGACAGGAAUUUAACAAAGAGGAUAAGCUUAUUUUUGUUUUUAAUUUUUAUUUCUGUUUUUUUGUUGUUGUUAUUGACUGGUAACAGAGUUUUUGCUAAAUGUUCUGGUGUUCUUGAGAAGUUGACACUGGAAGUGUUUCGGUGACAGAUGUCAAUAGGAGUAUUUUAGGAUACGUUUUGGUAUUUAAUACAAAUAUAUAAUGCUGGGUUUUCCUCAAACGCCUCCUGACUUCAGUGGAACUAUCUGCUCAUCUAAAACUUGUAUGUGAGGAGAAUUUGAUCACCUGGUUUGAUGUACAGAUUUCAAAAUCAUCCUCUGUGUAUUUCUUUGUUUACAUCAGGUCGAAGACCCAAACUCCUCUGGUGUGUAGCUGAACAGUGAGCUGAGCUUCUCUAGACAGAGAUGUACAUGCCCCACUGGGAAAGAAAUAUGUACUGGAGAUGUGUAUGAUUUGGGAGCACAGUAAAAUCCUGCUCCUGAGUGCUGAUGAGAGGAAAAAAGAAUGACAUUCUGAUGUAGCUCCUCUGAAGUUACUGAAGUUCUCUCCACUGAUUUUACCAUGUUAGGUUAGACAGUUUUUCCAGCUCAUCGGCCCUUGAUUCCACCUCCCCCAGAACCAGCUGGGGUUUUACUGGGAUCAUGAGGUCAUUUCUACCUUCUUUUUGUUCCUCUAACUGCUGCUUUAAGGAAAAAAGGAACAUCCUUAGCUAAAUUGCAAUUGUUCAAUAUAGCUGUCAGAUGAGGAAGAAGACACUGCUUCUUCUGAAACAGUGAAGCACAGCUCAUGCCUCCUGCUUCCUGAUCACUCUCCCUUAGACACUUGGAAUACAGCAUGUUAUGUAGCCUGGCAGAGUGGGAUUAGGGAGCAGUAUGGAUGGGUCAUAGUUCUCAAUGGACGCAGUCCCUCAGAGGACAAAGCUGGCACCAACUGGGCACCAAAACUGAGUGGUUUUUGCAAUGUACAGAUCUGAGGAUCUUGGCCUGAGUCCUGGUUUUCUAAGAAAUCUUUCGUAUUGAUGCUGUUCCAAAGUUUAAUUUUUAUGUAAUGGAAGUUUAGUACUAUUAUAUUGCAUACUGAUAACUAUUCAACUAUUUAUUUGGUUUCAUUAUGCUGUUUCUUUAUAAUAAACUCUGACAAAAGUUUUCUUGCUAUAAAACAGUGAAUAGAGCUAGUUUUUCCCUUUUUUCCAUGUUGGUACACACUUUUCUAAUUUCAAAUGUAUCAAAUGUUCUACUCCAUUUAGUGAGGAGGAGUUCAAGGCUUUAUGCUAAUGUUACAGUUCCUCCUUCACAGAAAAGUUAAAUGGCUUAAUAAGAGCAGCAGUACUGGGGUGAUCUGAUCAGCAUGGCUGGAAAGGUGGGGGAAAUGCACUAGUACAGAAGAAAGCUGAACCAAAAACAGUGGGACAAUGGGUAGUUUUUCCAUAAGGCUUCAUUGCCAGAGGUUGGGCUACCUUUACUUCAAGCCACAUCAGGGAAAUUGCACCUAAAUUAAACUAUUCUAUCAAGCUUCUUCCCCUAUCCCUGUGGAAUAACAUACUCAAGUAGGUAGAGCAGCUUCUCGUUCCUCAAAGGUGUUCAUAUAAAACAGCCAGUGGUGCUCAGAAUUGAGUUUGGAUGUGUUAUAUGUUGUAAUGCAGAGAUGCCUUUCAUGGUCUGGAGAAAGGAGUCUGCUGCUGGACAGCUCUGGCUGGCUCUCAGCAGGAGAAUCUUUGAGCCAACAGCGUAUCUGUGUUAUCUCAGUGUUUCUGGACACUGAGAGGAGCUGACCCUACCUACAAUGUGAUCUGUUUCAGCCUUUGUUAGGCAGGACAGUGCCAUCAUGGCCAUCUUUUAGUCUCCAGUCAUUAGGGUAAGGGGAUGCUGACUCAUGGAAUUCUUCUGUGCAAGACUGCAAUUUCUCCUAUCUUCCAUCAUUGCCAUUUUGACAUUUUUUUCCCUCAUAUGCAUACUUCCAUAUGUUACUAAGUUGAGCAGAGCAGUGAGGUUGAAGCAUGUUCACAUUCUACCCUUACAGAACAAUGAUGCCAGUGUUGCACACAUAAAUGUUUAACAACACCUGGUUGCCCACAGCAAACUAUUUGAGGCAUAUAUAUAUAUAUAUAUAUCCCAUUUCACUUCCUCUUUGUAACCACAGAUCAUGUCUCAGAUUGAGACUGGUACUAAUGGAAAAGAGUAGGUGCUGAGCAGUAUACAUUUUGUCCUAUAUAUACUGUUUUUAAUGUAUGACAGUGAAGCUUAACAUGUAUACAUGAAAUACAUACUUAUUUCAAGGCCAGCUUUUCUUGAAUUGGCUGCUUUGAGAUUUCCAGUGGGCUGCAUUUCUGUGUAACUCUUUGUGCCUUAAGGUGAUUUUAUACACUGUUUUUUAAGGUCAUUAAGAAUUUGUAUAGAGUUGUGAAGGUUUAUUAGUGUAAGUUAUAAACAAGGCAUCUUAGAUUCACCCUUUAACAGGGAAAAUUUUCUGUAAUGUUUAACUGCAGGACUAUCAGCCAGACCCACACCCUCGAGGCUCUUUCUGUUCCACUGUGAGUGUGGGUAAAGCUGCAAGCAAGGUGUUCUUACCCUGAGCUGUAGGGACUGUUCAGUCAGUGAUGUUGAGGAGCUCAGUUAUGGGUGAAGUGACACAUCAGUAAAACCAGGAGCAAACCGAGAGCUGUGAGGAAGAGCUGGUUUUCUGCAGCUCCGUGAAUACGGGGGACUGUGUGUAUGUACACAGGUCAUUUGGGAAAAGCUCCUGUGAUGGUGGGGAAGGGGCUGCUUAUGGGGAAAGAAUCAGCUCCUUGGACCUUGUGGGCAAUGCUCUCCCAGUCUCCACUCUCCAGACUGAGCCACAAGCUGGCUGCCUUUGUAGCACAGAGAGCACGGCUGUUGUUUGCUCAGAUGCAGGAUGCUGAAGGAAUGGAAGGGCAGAUCUUCCUACAGAGUUGUUAUUGGUGGUUCAUGGAAGACCCGUGAACUGUAUCAAAAGAAUGCGUAAGUCUAGGCCUAGGCCUUCUUUCAGUUGUUGGAAUAAAUAGCAAAGUCCUAAUGAAAAGCACAGCCUUGUCUCCUCUUGUUGCUAUAUUCACCUAUUUAAGGGAGAGGCUUAUAGAUUUUAUAGUUGCUAAAUUAAAUGUUCUACAAAACAAUAUUUUUCUUUUUGUCCAAAGUGGAAUUUGCAUUGUGAUUUGUCUCAUUUGUCACAUUUUUGUGUGCAGGUCUCUAAAUACAAAAGGGUGAAUUCCAGUUUGUGAUCUACCCCCUGAAUCCCCCUUGAGAGCUGUUAGGUCACAAAUGCAAAUAAAAGUUCUGCCUAUUCUCCACUGGAGGUGCUCACAAGGGAUGGGGAGGGAGAUGGGCCUUGCAUCACGUUACUUUGUGGCUUAAAAUCUCUCUUGAAUAUUUCAGGUGUUGUUCCUGGAAGACAGUUCAACGUUUUAAAGAAAUAGUGCCAGUUCAUUGUACUUCUGAUAAGGUGUUAACUGUUUCAGGAACUUUACAAUAAAUAAAAUUUUGUUUUCUGAACAGCUGA